AUGGAGUCGAUCUCACCCGUAUUCUCGUCGGGCACGGAGCAGCGGUACUCUCCACCAUGGGAAGAUUUGAGUAUCAUCGGUAUCGCUGGUAGCUCGGGCUCCGGCAAGACUUCUGUGGCAAUGGAAAUUGUGAAGCAACUGAACCUGCCGUGGGUGGUGAUUCUCGUAAUGGAUUCAUUCUACAAGAGCUUGACUCCGGAACAACACUCCAAAGCGCAUCAAAAUCAAUUCGACUUUGACUGUCCCGAUGCCUUGGAUUUUGAUGCUCUUGUGCAGACCUUGAAAGAUCUAAAGCAAGGGAAAAAGGCAGACAUCCCCAUAUACUCGUUCGCACACCAUCAGCGCCAGCCGCAGACAACCACCCUUUAUUCCCCCCAUGUGAUCAUCUUGGAGGUUAUACGAGAUGUUCGAGAGCGCGGCAGAGAUGUUGAAGGAAUCAUCAAGCAGUGGUUUACUUAUGUUAAGCCGUCGUACACGAGAUACGUUGAACCUCAACGGUCUAUAUCGGACAUGGUUGUAAAGCAUAUUCAACGCAAACUUGACGAGAAGUCUGCGAAGCAUAGAGCAGAACUAGACCAGCUACGUCAAAUUGCCUCGGAGUUACAGCUGUCGCGUAAUGUGAUGGUAAUGCCUUCGACGCCACAGUUUGUUGGCAUGAACACCAUCCUUCAAAACCCCAAAACGGAACAAGUUGACUUCGUUUUCUACUUUGAUCGACUCGCUUCCUUGCUGAUAGAGAAGGCCUUGGACUGUACUUCGUAUGUCCCAGCUAGGGUAGAAACCCCACAUAAAACUACCUACGAGGGCUUGAACCCGGAAGGUAUAAUAUCUGCUGUUGCAAUCUUGCGAGGAGGUUCUUGCCUCGAGACAGCGCUGAAGCGCACUAUUCCUGACUGUAUUACUGGCCGUGUGCUCAUUCAGACUAAUGCACAGAAUGAAGAACCAGAGCUGCACUAUCUGAAAUUGCCCGGAAGAAUUGAAGAGCAUACCACAGUCAUGCUUCUUGACCCCCAGAUGUCCACUGGGGGAGCUGCUUUGAUGGCGGUCCGUGUGUUGAUUGACCACGGCGUAGAGGAACACAAGAUUAUUUUCGUGACAUCCGAUCCCCGUUUCGCCAAUAUUCAAUCAGAUCCUCGUUACCGUCUCCCAAGUAAACGGCAAACUCAUGUGAAACUCGACAAGCGGUUCGCGCACAUGCUGCACGACAAAGACUUUUCUCGAAAUGCUUUAGUCGAUCGAUACGGACGGAAGCUCGCUCGCGAUGAUACGAAGAAGCAGCUGGAGAGAUUCUACCAACUGGAAGGGGAUGAGGAAGACGAGGAUGACAUGAGCGUGGCUGACGAUGACGAAGUCCUCAAAGAAUUGAAGAAGGCGGAUAUGGACAGCGGUGCUUAUGAUCCUGCGCGUGAUGGAGGCUUUUCAUCUUCAUCUUCGGAGGAGGAGAGCUCGGAUGAGGAGGACGAGGAUGAUGAAUUCGGUGCGGGCGAAGAGCUUGAGUUCCCGGAUAAACAGCAGACUGGCGUCCCCACAGGUGAUGUGACCGAUCGGAUUGCGGUGGUGAAUCUGGACUGGGAUAAUAUACGGGCAGAGGAUUUGAUGGCCGUGUUCUCUAGCUUUGCUCCUGCUGGUGGACGGGUGCUGAAGGUUUCUGUCUAUCCCAGUGAAUUCGGGAAAGAGCGCAUGGAGCGAGAGGAGACGGAGGGCCCUCCGAGAGAGAUCUUCGCCGCGAAACAGGAUGAUGACUUCGAAGGGUUUGAUGAUGACGAGGAUGUCGACUCGGAUGAGGAAGAGGAGAAAAUUAAGGAGUCGAUGCUCAAGGAAGAUAAGGGUGAGGAGUUCAACUCUACGGAACUACGCAAGUACCAGUUGGAAAGGCUACGCUACUUCUAUGCUAUUUUGACAUUCUCGAGCAAAAGCGUGGCAAAGCACGUUUACGACUUGGUGGACGGUGCCGAGUAUCUGUCGAGUGCAAACUUCUUUGACCUCCGUUUUGUACCUGACGAUACAGACUUCUCUGAUGACAAACCCCGUGACGAAUGCAAGCGGAUCCCAGAUGGUUAUCAGCCUAAUGAAUUCGUGACUGAUGCACUGCAGCACAGCAAAGUCAAGCUGACCUGGGAUAUGGAGGAUAAAUCACGGAAGGAGGCUCAAGCACGAGCUUUCAGAGGCAGCCGGAAAGAAAUUGACGAGAACGAUUUGAAGGCUUACUUGGCCAGCGAUAGUUCCUCGGAGGACGAGGACGAGGAUGGAGGAGUGGAAGUUGUGGAUACUACGGGGGAAGAUGGUGGCAGUUCUAGGAAGAUCUCAAAGAAAGAAGACGAAAGACAACGUAUGCGAGCCCUCCUAGGGCUAAGUACAGAGCCAACACCGUCGUCUAAGUCCGACAAACCUGUGGGCGAAAUGGAGGUCACCUUUACAUCAGGUCUGGCCGGUGGCUCCAACCGAGACAGCAUCUUUGAAAAUGAACCCGAGAAAGACGAGACUACGAUUGAGAAAUACAUUCGCAAGGAGCGUGAGAGAAGGAAGCGGAGAAAGGAGAGACUGAAGGCGCCGAAGAAGGAUGACGAUGAGCGGGAUGAUGCAGUGGACAAGGGAGAGGCAGAGGGAGAGAAGCCCCAGGAAGAAGAUCUGGGCUUUAACGAUCCAUUCUUUGACGACCCCUCUGGCAAGGAAUCUGCUGCAGGUCGUCGCAAAGAGGAGAAACGUAAGAAGCGGGCGGAGCGUGCCGCGGAGGAAGCUGCUGCCGCCGCUAAGCGAGCCGAGCUGGAGCUGUUGAUGAUGGAUGACGAAAACAAGAAUAUCAAGCACUUCGACAUGAAUGAAAUUGAAAAGGCGGAGAAACAAGCCCGCAAAAAGGGCAAGGGUAAAGGAAAAGGCAAGCAGACGCCAGCCCUUGUGGAUGACUUCCAGAUGGAUGUCAGUGACCCGCGUUUUGCUCGUCUGUUUGAGAGCCACGAAUUUGCUAUUGAUCCUACCAAUCCUCGAUUUAAGGCGACGUCUGGUAUGAAGCAAUUACUGGAAGAGGGACGUAAGCGGCGUAGAAACCGGGAUGAUCGUGCAGAGGAGGAAGAGGUUGGUCGCAGCGAUCAGAAGAAGCAGAAGAAGAGCGAAGGUGGAUCGGAGGAUCUGAAAAAGUUGGUGGACAAAGUGAAGCGGAAGACUCAGAAGAGUUGA